AUACAAUAGCAGAAAGGAGCGCCCUAAGAGAACAUGUGUAUCCUAAGCUGAGAGAAUUCUGCAGGGAAAACUAUGGGCUGGAAUUUCAGGUCAUAGACUUAUACUGGGGAGUUGAAGCAGAUGAAUGGGACAGUCCUGAGCUGCAGAAGACUCGUAUGAAGCUGUUAGAAGAUUGCUUGAAAAGUUCUGCAGGUCCAUGUUUUGUUGGCCUAUUGGGAGAAAAGUACGGGAACAUCCGAAUACCAGGGGAAGUUGAGUCAGCAGAAUUUGAAAUGAUCCUGGAUGCUGCUGUAGAGGCCAAGCUAGAGACAAGGAUUUUAGAAGAGUGGUACUGCAGGGAUGAGAAUGCAGUGCCACCAGCCUAUUACCUCAGACCAAAAUCUGAAAUGCUGAAGAACUACCAGAAUACGAUGGAGUCUUCUUCAAACUCUAUGAAUGAGAACAAAUGGCAAGAUAUAUCAGAAGAGAUUAAGAAGAUUUUUAAGACUGCUGUGAAAUUGCUGUAUGAGAAAGGGAAAAUGAAACACAGCCAAGCAAAGAGAUAUCUUUCCUCUGCUAUUGAAGAUGAACUUGAUUUUGCCUUGGGUAAACAAACACCAGCUUUCCUAAAGAAGUGUGUUUGCUACAUUCGGAAAAUUGCCAACAUUGAGCGUUUUGUUAAAAUCCCAGAGAUGGGAAAAUACAUGGAUGUGGUACAUACAGCCGGGAAGUUUCUACGAGAUCCCGAAGCCCAUGAGAAACUGAUCAAGCUCAGGGAUGAAUUUAUUCCUACCAUCGUUGCAUCGUCCAAUCUGAGAGUAUACACAUCCGUCACUCACUGUGACAUGAAACUGGGUUACUCCCAAGAAGUAGAGAACCAUUACAUCGAAGGACUUGGUAAACAGUUCUAUGAAGACAUGAUAGAUAUAAUCCAAGCAACAGUGCAGCAGAAUUUUGACACCGAGACAGACUUGCUGUACGAUGAAGUUCUUCAACACUCAUCGCUAUGUAAAACGUACUCCACUUUUUAUGAAUAUAGAUGUGAGGCAUUAAACAUAGUUCACAAGUACAUUCUACCUAGCAAAAUAGGACACAUUAACCCUCUUAUCAUAUAUGGAGGACCAUGCACAGGGAAGACUCUUUUAUUAGCCGAAGUGGCGAAGAAGGCCUAUUCCUGGUUGCAAGAAGAGAUGGGACCAGAUUCUGACCCUGUGGUAGUUAUAAGAUUUUUGGGAUCCACUGAAACAAGUACAGAUCUGAAGAAUAUACUUCAAAGCAUUUGUGAACAAUUAGCAGUCAACUAUCGUUGUCUCAUACAAAGUUACCCAAAAAAGAUUCAUGACCUUCGGGACUUGUUCAUAAAUCUCUUAAAUGAGUCUUCAUUUCACAGGCCACUGGUGAUAAUAUUCGAUGCUCUAGAACAGCUAACGGAUAGUGAUGAUGGUAGGAAGCUCUGGUGGCUUCCCAUUCACCUUCCCCGUUCAGUACGGAUAAUUUUGUCAACACUGCCAAACAAGCAUGGGAUCCUGCAAAAACUGAGGUGCCUUAUUCAUGAAGAAAACAACUACAUUGAAUUGACUGCAAGGGACAGGAAGAUGUGUAGCCAAGUACUGAAACAUCAGCUGCUGAGAGUUAAAAGAAAAGUAACAUCAGGGCAACAAAUCUAUGUCAACGAAGCAUUUUCCAAGUGCACACUCCCUAUGUUUGUGAACUUAACCUUCAGAGAGGUCAGGAACUGGAGAUCUCACAAAGAUGUGGAUGAGUCCUCCCUCUGUGUCACUGUCCAUGAAAGCAUAGAGCAGUUGUUUUGGUCACUGGAAAACAAGUGCGGAUCAAGACUAUUGUCAAGAGCACUUGGCUACAUCACUAUGUCCAAAUCUGGCCUGAGUGAAAUGGAACUGGAAGAUAUUUUAGCCCUUGACAACAGUGUUAUGUACGAACUGAGUGAGAGUGUCAGAGAAAGUAACCCACUGAGAAUUCCAUAUAUAUACAUUGCAAGGCUUAAGGAGGGUUUACAGGGCUACUUAAUAGAGCGACAGGUGAAAAAUGUAACACUGCUUCUUUGGGCAAAUAGGCACUUGCAACUAAUUGCCCAGAAAUUGUACCUGCACAAUGAAGAAGACUUGUGUGAAAUGCACACAGUCAUGGCAGAGUAUUUCCUUGGUGUUUGGUCAGGUGGACGAAGAAAACCUUUUUACAGCAAUGACCAAUAUCUAAAUGGGUGUCCUGAUCGUGACAGUAGAGGCCUGAAUGAUGAUGAAAAGCACUGCAUGGAUCAGGCUGCUUUUGACAGGCAGGCACCUGAUCAGCCAUGGGUCUUUCAGUGUAAUCCAUUAGAGCCUGAUAUCUUUUUUAUCAAUCACAGAAAAAUGACAGAGCUCAUUCAUCACUUGACAAGAUGUGGAAGAACAGAUGAUCUUCUGUAUGGAGUCAUUAUGAACUUCAGCUGGCUGUACACCAUGAUUAGAAUAGGGCAGUUUGAUAAAGCACUUUCUGACAUAGAACUGGCUUACACCUACUCUCAAGAAAAGGAGCUGAAAUUUCUGGCCAGUACCCUCCGCAGUAUAAAGUUCAAAGUAGUAAAAUACCCAGGUUCGCUCUCCGCUGAAUUGCAGCAGAGGCUUCUCCCAGUAGUAAGUUCAUUGCCCAAACUCAGACAUCUCCUUUUAGAAUGUGACAAGGACGGACCCAAGUACUGCUCUAUCGUCCCUUUGCAUUCCUCCAUGGAUGUGACUUACAGCCCCGAGCGCCUGCCGCUGUCAUCCAGCUGCAUGCAUGUCACUGAGAUUUUGCCUACUUUCAAUCCCAGCACAAUUAUUGCUGCUUUAGAAAAUGGCUCCAUCAGCACCUGGGAUGUAGAGACCCGCCAGUUACUAAGGCAGAUUACAACAGCUCCUUCUGUUAUCUUAGGGAUGAAGCUUACUAGUGAUGAAAAGUAUCUCGUAGUGGCUACCACAAAAAACACUCUUUUGAUAUAUGAUAACAUAAAUUCCUGUCUUCUGUCUGAGGUGGAAAUUAAGGGGUCAAAACAUUGUGGAAUUGGGGGGGGUUCCAGUUUUAUAAACGGAUUUACGUUAUCAGUCAACCAUGCACUUGCUUGGCUGGAGGCCAGUAAAGAUGUUACUGUAAUAGAUCUGCUUUACGGUUGGCCUCUCUAUCACUUCCACUGCUGGUACGAAGUGACCUGUGUGCAGUGUUCUCCAGACGGAGUUUAUGCAUUCUGUGGACAGUAUUUGAACACCGCAACCAUCUUUCACUUGGGCAGUGGAGAGAAGCUGGCCACUGUGACCUCUGAAUUUUCUGGUGGAUUUGUGAAAUUCCUUCUCAUUCUGGACACAGCCCAAGAAAUGGUGAUGGUGGACAAUGAGGGUAGCCUCUCUGUUUGGAAUACAGAGGAAAUCGCAAAUCCCCAGCUUACAGAUGACUUUGACUGCAGGAGAGAAGACAGUGAAGUUGUCAGCAUAGAGCUUUCUGAAGACCAAAGUGCAAUUUUAAUUUGUAAGGCUCUCAGCAUUGAACUUCUUGACACUCGUGUGUGGAAGGUGGCUGAAAAGUUUAGAGCUAAACAUAAUGAGCGCUUUAUAUCUGCCGUGUUGUCCAAAAAUGGCAACUGUAUAAUUGCUUCAAUGGAAAAUACCUCAGCCAUUUUUGUUUGGAGAAGAGAUACGGGACAGUGUAUGGCAAGCUUACAGGAAAUCUCAGGAACUAUAGUCAGGCUAAUUAAAUCAAAUCAUCAUAACAUGCUGCUAUCCUUAUCCACCAGUGGUGUCCUUUCUAUUUGGGAUAUAGACAUCAUAACUGCUAUGUCCAAUAUUGACAAAUCUGGCAAGCCUAUCCAAAGACUGGUGUUGCCAGCCAGAGGUGAAUUAAUAUACACAUUGGAUGGCUCAGAUUCUGUCCAUAAGUGGAACUUCAGCACUGGAUUUAUUGAAGCCGUGUUCAAGCAUGAAGGUAUUGUUGAAAACUGUGUGCUGACCUCUUCUGGAGAGAUAAUGGUUACAUCGGAUGAUAAAUGCAGCCAGUAUGUAUGGCACACGGUUAGUGGUGAAAAUAUCUUUCGCAUUAAUGGACAAAAAAUCUCGGAGCUAAUGAUUACUCAUAACGAUCAAUUUGUAGUCUCUCUCUGCGAACAGAAUGCAUCCAGAGUUUGGCGACUGGCUACAGGACACAGAGUUUGCAAUAUUUUAGUUGCCUUACAGAAUGCAUUUAUAACAACUGCAAAUACAUUCGUAGUCGGAAUGGCAAAGAAUAAAGUGUUGGCAGUGAGUCUCUGGACAGGAAGUAUAACCAAGAAGUUCUGCUGUGAUGACGGUGCAAGCAUUGUGGAUAUUAAGCUGAUACCAGACUGCCCAGAUAUUAUAGUAUUUAUAACUUCUACUGAAACUGUGAACAUCUGGAGCCUAACAGAGGAAGUCAUCUGCAGGCGUGUACAAUUACCUACCAAUUUCUUAAAAAAUUUGGAAGACUUUGAAAUAUCCCCAAAUGGGAAGCUGGGAAUUAUAACCCGUGGUGAUGAAAACAUCAAUGUGCUUGAUUUAUACAGUGGAAAACUUCGUGUGGUUCGUGCUCCAGGUGUCAUCUGGCGGCAGAGGCUGUCUCGUGAUGGCCGCUAUCUUGUGUACAUCUGUUUUCGCAGUGAGGAAGAUGAUGAUAAUGGUGCGGUCUCUAGCUUAAUUGUAAUGAGGCUAGCGGAUGGCAAAAACAUCGGUGCCUGUUCUCUUUAUAAAACUCCCACUUUUCUUGCACUCUCACAGAGACAUUUAAAUAUUAUUAUUGGAUUUGAUGAUGGAAGUAUAGGUACUUACACUGUAGUGGAUCGAGUCGACGCUGCACUGAAAAUCAAAAUUGCUACUUCAAACAGCCGUCAGAUUUUCAACAACACAACACAAGUAAUUAGGCCAAAAUGUCACAAUUAUAGCUUCAAAGUGACUGCAGACUGCAUUUGGAGGGAAUCAACAGAAGUAUUUGCCAGGGAUAGCCCCAUUACAGUUACAGAGCCUGAGGUGAGUGAAGCAACACCAACCAAAAAACACAACUAUUGCUAUGAGAAAGUAUGCUCAGCCAUAGAUUGCAGAGGACACAGUUUUGCUCCUGACAACUGAGUAACCAUCUGGACCAGCUUAUCUGAAUAAUAGUAUACAUGCAUAGAUUUGUCUUCUGAGUUCACAUAAAAAUGAGUGCAUUUCUUGGAAGACAGACAGAAACAGCAGAGGGCAGACCAGCUGUUUUUUCCUCGACAAAUAUUCUUACAUUUAUGUAAACAUAAAAAUAAAGCAAAUGGGCUGCAGGGUUUUUUAAAUUUCGGAAUACAAGGUUCAGUCCAGGAUUUCACCAGGGCCUUGAUUAAAAAUUUCUAGCAAUACUAUCAAAAUUGUUAUGCUAUUACAGAAGUUAGUUGAUCUUAUCUGGGAUUGACAAACUGUUUUAACUAGAAUGAAAGCUCCACAUGAUCGGUGAGAAGAGUCAGACCACUAUUUUCUAUACCAAGACGCCUAGAUGGGUCUAUAGCUAACAGCCAACUUUAUACCCACUCGCAAAAAUGUGUUUUUCUGCUUGAUGGUGCAAUGACAAGAUGUCACCUGCCAACCUGGAACACUUGAUACAUUCCAUCAUCAUUUAAAAUAUACCUACUUUUUUUUUUUUUUAAUUGGGAUUAAUCUUUGGGUUGAAAGGGGUAGGUGCCAGUCAGCUGCAAACAUGUCAACAUGUGAGGUGAUAAGUUUUUGUUCACCUC